UCUCCCGGCCCAGUAAGAGUUCCGCUUCUCACUCCGCUUUGGCCCUCUACGGGCGCCGUAACGCAUGCUGCCGCAGUCUCCGCCCCAAGCCCCGCCCCGCCGCUAAGGGAAGCUCCGAGCUUAGUGACAAGAUGGCCGCCGCCUCCUCUUGCUCCGAGCCCUCCGCGCCCCCCGCCGGCUCCUCCAGCCCCCCUCCCGCCCAGCCUGCCGUGCCCCCGCCCGGGGAAGAGGAGGACGAGGCGGACGAUGAGAGCAGCAGGAGCUCCGGGUCGGAGCGUCCCGACAGCCCAGCGGGACAGGAGAGUCAGGGCCCCGGGGGGGGAACCGGCAGCUCCGGAGCGGGGAGCCUGGCUGUGUCCGAGGGGGAACCGCUCAGCCGCAUGGACUCGGAGGACAGUAUCAGCAGUACCCUGAUGGAUGUGGACAGUGUGGUCUCCAGUGGGCGCUCGACUCCCGCCAUGAUGAACGGCCAAAGCAUGAUCAGCACGUCGGCCAAUAAGAGCCUCUCUUACAGCUGCUGCUGGGACCAAUGUCAGACCACCUUCUCCUGCAGCCCCGACCUGGCCGACCACAUUCGCUCUUUCCACGUGGAUGGGCAGCACGGGGGGGUGUACGUGUGCUACUGGAAGGGCUGCAAGGUGUAUAAUACCCCAUCUACGAGUCAGAGUUGGCUGCAGAGGCACAUGCUGACCCACAGCGGAGACAAACCCUUCAAGUGCGUCGUUGGCGGCUGCAAUGCCAGCUUUGCCUCCCAGGGCGGCUUGGCCCGGCACGUGCCCACUCACUUCAGCCAACAGAACUCCUCCAAGAUGGCCAAUCACUCCAAGUCCAAGGAGGAGUCGCCGUCCAAAGCCGGACUGAACCGCAAGCGCAAGCUGAAGAUCAAGCGGAAACGCACCCUCCCCCGACCACAUGACUUCUUUGACGCCCAAACGCUGGACGCCAUACGGCAUCGCGCCAUCUGCUUCAAUCUCUCGGCCCAAAUAGAGAGUCUGGGCAACGGGCACAGCGUCGUCUUCCACAGCACGGUGAUCGCUAAGCGGAAGGAGGACACUGGGAAAGUCAAACUGCUGCUGCACUGGACCCCGGAGGACAUACUCCCGGACGUGUGGGUGAAUGAGAGCGACCGGCACCAACUCAAGACCAAAGUGGUGCAUUUAUCCCAACUGCCCAAAGAUACGGCCCUGCUGCUCGACCCCAACAUCUACAGAAAUUCUAGUAAGCGGAACCCACCGAGCGGGACCCUGAGAGAGCACCUCCCCUAGCUCCGCCCUCGCUGGCCGGGCAGAGCGCAGCGGGAGGAGCUGGAGGCGCCACUGUGCAGUCGUGUGGAGCAGUGCACGUUAGUGAGCCCCUCCCAGCAAGUGUCCUAUUGGUCGUAGUGUUGUGGAGUGCUCUGUGCCACAUACCCCCCCAUUCUGUGCGAGAGCCACGUACCCCCCCGGCCCCC